AUGCGGUUAGAUAUGCUCAAAAUCUCGGAAACCUCAACACCGCUUCAAAUAGCAUUUCGAAGUUGGGAUCUAUAUGAAUAUCUCGGCAUAUCAAAUAGUAAAAAACAAUCCUGGACUGUGAAAACUUCAUCGCAGACUGAGAGCCCGAGAUUUGUUAUCGUAGCAUUUCAAGUGGAUAGAAAAAAUAAAAUAAACAAAGAUAGUAGUAGAUUUGACCAUUGUUCGUUAUCAUCUCUAAAAGUAUACUUGAAUUCGGAAUCGUACCCCUNAUUGUACUUGAACUCUGAAUCGUACCCCUACGACAACUUGCGAAUGGACUUUCCAAAUGAUAAAUAUGCUGUACCAUAUCACAUGUACACUCAAUUUCAAGAGGCGUUCUAUGAAAAGGAGAUGACGUAUCCAAUGCUGACAAAAACAGAAUUCAAGACAAUUGCUCCACUCAUUGUCAUUGACUGUUCGAGGCAAAACGAAAAAUUAAAAAAUGCGCCUGUAGAUAUUAGAUUAGAAUUUGAAUCUGAUGAAAAUUUUCCGACCAACACUACAGCAUAUUGCUUAAUUGUACACGACAAAAUGUUUGAAUAUAAUCCUAUGACUAAUGAAGUUCAUAAAAUAUUAUAA